UGAGGGUUUGAGGAUAUGCAGAAUCAUUUAAAAGGGCAGUGGACGACAGGGAGGAAUCUUUUCGUCUUCGACCCGCGGAAGGCAACGAGAGGUUGCCCCUUUAGGGUUAUACUAUUAAUCAAUUAUUGCAGUGAUUCUGAUUCGGAGUGGCUACUGGAGGAUCUGAAAGCGGUGAUGGAGGCGGAGGUGACUGAGAUUUUACUGGCGAAGACCAAAUCAAGUUCUGCCGCAAGUUCGGGGGAUGAAAUCGCGAUGAAAAGCUACAGUUCAGGUUUGAAAUGGAUUUUUCUGGACUAUUCUAGUCUGUGGAGAGCUGGACUUUCAUGGUCAAUUUUCUUCCUCCUGAACAUCGGUGUUCCGCUCGUGUCGCACUUUGUGUAUUCCUGCUCUGAUUGCGAUUCUGAUCACCAGAGGCCUUUUGACGCGAUUGUUCAGCUGUCGCUGUCGUUGUUCGCAACGCUUUCGUUUGUUAGUCUCUCGUCGUUUGCGCGUAAAUAUGGCCUGCGUAAAUUCCUUUUUCUCGAUAAAUUGUGUGAUGAGAGUGAGAUGGUUCGGCAGGGGUACACUCUGCAGCUUCAUAGAUCAAUGAAGCUCCUAUCUGCAUUUAUCCUCCCCUGUUUCAUCGCGGACAGUGCAUACAAGAUAUGGUGGUUCAGCUCAGGAGGAAACCAAAUUCCAUACCUAUACAACAUGCUUCUCAGCAAAGUUAUUGUUUGCAUUCUAUUGAUGUGCUCCUGGCUAUAUCGAAUCUCAAUCAGCUUCCUAGUCUGCGUCCUCUUCCGGCUUACAUGUUAUCUGCAAAUUCUGAGAUUGGAGGACUUUGCUCAGGUCUUUGAGAAAGAAUCGGAUGUUGCUUCGAUCCUUAUAGAACAUCUCAGGAUCAGAAGAAAUCUCAGGAUCAUAAGCCACCGUUUUAGGCUCUUCAUCUUGUCUACUUUGAUCCUAGUAACAAUAAGCCAAUUUGUUUCGUUACUUGUCAUCACUGAACCAAGCUCCAACACAAACCUCGCCACGUCUGGGGAGCUUGCGCUGUGCUCCAUGACUCUGGUGACCGGACUUUUCAUCUGCUUGCGAAGUGCGGCAAAGAUAACUCACAAGGCGCAAUCCGUAACAUCACUGGCAUCAAAAUGGCACGCCUGCGCCACAAUCAACUCAUUCGACGAAUUAGAUGAAGAAACUCCAACAUCUCAGAUAACUUCAUCUCACAGAGCAUAUUCUGUCCCCUCGCAUUGGGAUUCCGACAAUGAAGAAGGAGAUGGAGACGAUGCAUUGGACAACACGAACCUGGUGCCUAUUUAUGCCAACACUGUAUCCUACCAGAAGAGGCAAGCCCUUGUGACAUAUUUUGAGAACAACAAAGCAGGGAUCACGGUGUUCGGAUUCAUGCUGGACCGGACAUGGCUGCAUACCAUAUUCGCCAUUCAGCUUUCCCUCACACUUUGGAUAUUCAACAAGACAAUUGGUAUUUCUUGAUCUCUGAUCUCUGAUCUACUCUCUCUGCAUUUCAGUUAUGGAGUCUUCUUUAUUCACCAGCCAAAAGUUUUGAGUUUCACAGUCUGCUCUGUGUACAAAUAUAUAUAUAUGUAGUAAGUGUGUUAGAUGCUCUUUUGAUAUUUACUCGCAAAUAUGCACAUAUAUAGAGAGAGAGAGAGAGAGACAAAGGUGUGUAUAUACUAUAUAGUGUGUAAUAUUUACUUUUUUUUUUUUUUAAUUUAUAAGUGUGAAUUUGCAGCCAGUUACUUUUGAAUUUA